AUGGCUCUCUUUAUGCGAGGAAAACAUCCUAAUUCCGACUCCGACUCCGACCAUGUGGUAUCCGGAAGCUUCACCUUCCACAAUGUGGCCCUGGUCACUUCCGUAGCCUGUACAGCGUUCACGGUCAUCGCCAUCUUCGUGCUCAUGUGGCAGCAUGCCAGCCAUCUGAGCACUCCGCGAGAACAACUCCACAUUCUUCGCCUCUGCCUCUUCAUCAUCAUAUACGGCGGGGUGACCCUCCUCAUGCUCGCCGUGCCCACCACCUACGUCUACCGGGCCAAGGUAGCCGAGGGCUACGCCCUAUCCUGCUUCUUCCUGUUCCUCUGCAAUCUGCUCACGCGCUCCUCUCCCAACCCUUCCCAGUCCUCCUCCUUCCUCGAACCUUUCCUCGCGACGACCAGACAGGCGCCGCCCGCCAAACCCAAACGCAUCCCCUUUGGCCUGAGCCCCUCUAGCUACUACCGCGCGCGCUGGAUUUUGAUCUUCCAGUGCCCCAUUACGCUGACCGUCCUCGCGCUCGUGGAGGACAUCACCGAGGCCAUGGGCACGUUCUGCCUCGAGAGCAACAGCGCGCACUACGCGCAUAUCUGGGUCUCGGUGCUGCAAAUUAUCAGCCUGGCGCUGGCCGUGAUCAGCACCCUGCGCACGUACGCGCAGCUGAAGGCGGAGCUCGCGGGGCAUCGCGUCGUGGCUAAGUUGUUUACUUUCAAGAUGCUGGUGGGGCUGUCGAUCUUGCAGGAGGUCAUAUUCAAGAUUCUCCUGGGUUUCAGCCCCUCGCCCCUCGCGCCGUCCGCCACGCUGAGCACGUCCAAUAUCCAGGUCGGGCUGUCGCUGCUCAUCGUGGCGUGCGAGCUCCCGUUCUUCGCCUGCGCCUACCACUUUGCGUACACCGCGGCGACGUAUUCGGAUCAAAACAACAACAACAACAAGAUGUCCGGAGGAUAUACGAGCCUGGGCUGGAAGCUGCCCUUCGAGAUCCUCAAGCCCAACGAGUAUGUUGCCGCCGUGCUGUUCGCGUUCAAGAUGAAGUCGAAGCUGCGGCGCGUGCAGGCGGGCGGUGUAGUGCGUGGCGAGAUCAGUCGGUAUAGGGGCGCUUCGCCUUCGAAUCAUACGCCGCUCGUGGAUGGAGAGGGGGCCUGGCGGGGUGAGGUUCAUCGUCCGGGGGAUUUCCAUCGUGAGGGUGAUGUUCCGCUUCCGCCUUAUGGUGAUGUUCCUCUUUAUCGUGAUGUCCGUCAUGAAGGUUAUGGACGGUAUUAG